AUGACCUGGCACGUAAUCGACAAGGGAUACUGGACAGAGCCGCUCGAUUUUGCCAUUCCUGUCACUUCUGGAGGGCAAUUCUUCAAAUAUUUCCACCAACACAUCAGUCCACUACACUUCACGACCUCAGGAGGCCAUUUCGGUAAAUACUCUAAGCUGCCAGUAGAGCUGCAGCUACGGAUCAUUCAACUGUGCGAUGCGCAAACCCUUUUCCAGCUUAUGCACACAUCGCACGAUCUUCGUACAGAGUCAAAGAAGCUCUUCUUUGCAGACCAGAAGACAUGGUACCGCCUGCAUGCAGACCUGUUGCGAAAUUGCAGCUCACCCAGCGAGUUAGUUCACGACGCUUAUUUUCUUGCUAGUAUUGAGCAGCUUAAUCUUGAGUUUGAAUUGUCAUUCAAUUCCUGGUAUCCUGAAGACUGGUGGGAAACAGGUGCCACCGACGAGGAAUUGAUUGAGAUAUUUGACGAGCGUAUCAACGCAGGCAUAAACGAUUUCUGGCAGACUGUACAGCGCGUUUGCCCUAGAGUCAAACGCAUCAUGCUCAGCACGGAUGAUGGGCGACUCCAUGGCAGCCCCCCAAUGACUGAUUGCUGUCACAGAGUUGCGCAACUGUGUCCUGAUGGCAUCAGUCUGUUUUUCUACGCGGCCGAGAUAGGAGAUGACCUUUCAAAUUGCCGAAGGAAGAGGCUCCUGUGGCGACUGACGGCUGGUCAAGGAGGCAAAGACACAGUCAUAACGCCGAAACUGGAACGACCAAGCCUCCCUGGAACCAUUGUGGUACCGCCUAAGAAACCUUACGAGGGGCGGGUAGGCGCCUUCAUCAAAGCAAACAGUCUUUGGGAGAAGUUCAACGAUCAGCGUCGAGCAGCAGAGUUGCAUCGAGCGGCAGCUAUAGAGAAGCACUACUUCGAAGGACGGCAUGAACCUUUUAGCUGUUUAGUGACUAACUGCGACGCUUGGUUUGAACAACCUGAGCAAUACACGACACAUCUGCUUACAACUGGUCAUGGCGCCCACGAGGCUGCGCCAAACACUAUUGAUGCCUUGUGCACCCAGAAUACAAAGCGAAUAGAGGAGCUCCGACAAGAGCACAAUGAAGCACAUCAGUAUUUCUGGGACUGGUGGGGGGAAUAUGGCACUCAACAACGAAGCAUGGCUGAGAGUGAGGUGAUGGGUCAACUUGAGCAUGAUGCGUUGUAUACGCAGAGCAAGGUAGUUACAGAGCACAGAAUUUUUCUGUCCAUUCAUGAAGCGAAGAUGUGGUUAUCAUACGAGUAG